AUGUUGUCUAUAAUUAUACUGGAUGCUGAGGUGAAAGUGCGAGAGGCUACCUCUAAUGAUCCAUGGGGUCCGUCGGUCCGUUAUGGCAGAAUAGCAAGAAUUUACAUUUCAUGUAAUAUUAGUGAAGAGUGGGUUCAGAUCGUGUUGUUACAGCAGUGCAAAGACAAUUUAUUCUCCAUUGAAACUCUUAAAGAUUUUCAAUUCAUUGAUAAGGAUGGCAAGGACAAUGGGCAAUUAGGCAAACAUCUCAAACUACCACUCCAGAAAGGAGCAAUCAUCCUCUUAGUUGUUGGAGAUACCGCAAGUCCCACAGCUUCCUUUCAACCUCAAUUUGAUCAAAGUCGGCCAAAUGCAAAGAUGAAGGAGGAUCUUCAAACUUCAAUUAGCACUGAGAAGGUCAAAAGACAGGCUGACGAAGAAGACAAAUUAAGUGAGUGUAGUGUCUGUGUUAACAAAAAACCCACAGUGGAGGAGUCUUUCUUGGGUACUAAUGCACCUCUUGUUAAUUUAGACACUCUCAUAGCUCCACUACCUCCUCCCACUUCAAUCAAUCCAUUUGGCAUCACUUCAAUCGCUCCCACCCACCAGCCGUUCAAAACCAAUCCAUUUGAGGGAGCCAAGCAACCGCGCCUACACCUGGCUCAUUUGAAAAUGGAAAAUAAACUUGGAGGAUCUUCCCCCAGCGGAGGAGCUCUUGGGGUUGACGAUAAG